GAGAGGAAGAGAGGGGGAGAGUAGUGGGAGUGGGAGUGCUGGGUUGAGUGCUGGAGCUGGUGCUGCUGAUGGGGACGCUGGCGGUGGUGGUGGCAGUGGGAAAGCGGACGGGAAAGACGGAAAGAGGAAGGGUAAGGAGAAGAAAGGAGUAUCAUCAGCCACUGCAGCAGCAGCAGCAGACGGGAAAGAGAGCAAGGCUGGCAAGGGAAAGGAGGAGGUAAGCAGGAGCAGCAGCAGCAGCAGGGUGGGCUCCCGUCGCCCGUCCUCGUCCUCCACCGCCCUAGCAGCCACCGUCUCGUCAGACACACUAGCGGCGGCAGCAGCAGCAGCAGCAGAGGAGCGCAAGGACCUAGUCAACACAGAGCGCAUGCUGGGCGUGGCAGACAUAGUAACGCACCUAUCCCCCUACCUCGCGUCCCUAGACCCGUCCAUAGUCUUCGAAGUGGGCCUACAGAUCCUCGCUCUCGCAGCCGUCCCUGGAGGGAAACCGGAGUGGGCGACAGGGCCUGUGACUGCGUUCCUCUCUCUAUGGGAUCGGCAGGAGGGCAGAGGCCCGUCACGGGCACGGACGUCUCGUCCCUCUUUGACGACCCGCAGAUUAAGGAAGAGCUGGCGUUGUCAGUGGUGCCGAAUGUGGAGAGCGGGCUGUUUUAGGGAGGAGCUUCUUGCUUGUCUGGUAGAGAGCGCGUUUCAGCUGGCUAGUGGAAGCGGCGGGGGAGGAGUAGGAGGAGGAGCGGGAGGAGCAGGAGCAGGGGCGGGAGGGGGUGGGGGGGGAGGGAUACCUGGGGAAGGCUACGGGGGAGAGUCAGGGGCCGGGUUUUCCUUUGCUGCUGCAGCGGCGGGUAGAGGGGGGUCCCUUGCUGCGGUGGUCUCUGGAGAGGCGUCGUCCGGAGGGUGGGAGGCGUGGGGCAGACCGGCGCUGGAGGUGGUGGAGGUGUGCAGGGCGUGCGUGCGGUGGCAGUGUGGGGGGCGCACGUAUGCCGUGGACUGCUACCUGCGGCUGCUGGUGCGGCUGUGCCAGGUGUAUAACACGGCGGGCGGGGUGAAAAGCGCCAAGGAUGGGGCCACCCCGGAGCAGAUCAGGGCGGAGCAGAGGCUGUUCACGCUGCAGAGGCAGCUGCUGGAAGACGCCAAGGAGGUGAGUAGGCUGUUCACGCUGCAGAGGCAGCUGCUGGAAGACGCCAAGGAGCUCUCCUCGUCCACCCUCCGAGUGCGUCUCCUCUGGGUGCUGGCCGAGCACAUGUCCUUCUCAGGCCCGGAGCCCCUCUUCCCCGACGAUCCCAAGGACCCAGUCACCAUCCUCACCUCGCUUUUCCACCGCAUCCUCUUCUCCCCUGACGCUGCCACGGGGACCAUGCUCGCUGACGUGGUAGCAGGGGGAGAGGGCGCCGGCGGAGGCGGGGGAGGCGGAGGAGCAACGGGGAGGAGCGCUGCGCUGAGUGGGAAUCGGCUGCAGGAGGUGCAGGCGAUUCUGGUGUGCGCGCUGCACCUGGGGGCGAGGAGUUAUAGGGCGGCGGCGCUGGUGUGCCGCGAGGUGGAGGAGCUGCAGUCCGGCACCGUGGGCUGGCGGACAGUGCGACCAGGCACCGCUGCCGCAGUAUUCUGCAGUCUCUGGCCUAUGUGCACCACUUCCCUGACAGGACAGAUGACAGGCAACAUGUGGUCCCCAGCAGCAGCCUUCCGCUGCUCGGGAGACCUCGUCUAGGUUUCAAUCACUGCUUCUAACUCCCCAAAGCCGCCAGGCCUGCGAGGAGGGAGAGAAACUCUAGCGUGUCGGCCGAGCAGCACCCGUAAGUCUCUGUAGCCACCCCGAGGACGGUGACAAAGGUGAGAGACUCGU